AAAACACUGUUUCAAAUAAUGUCAAUAAAUUGCUAAGUAAAUUGUAAAAAAUUUCUGUAUUAAAUUCAAGUUAAGAGAAUACCAAAUGUCCGAUGUGCGUCCUCUGCAAUAUGAUAUCAAAUGGGACGUGUGGGAGGGAAUGCCCAUAACGGAUAUACAUUUCAAGAAUUACAGUCUGGUCAUCGAGUUUAUGUGGACGAAAUCUUUUCUACAGAAUAUCGUGUACAAAGGCGUGGGUUUGCAUGAAGAGGAGGGCAUGAAGGAGAACUUCUCCAAUUACUGUAUGCACAUCCUGCAAAAUGAGUGCUCUGUGAUGAUGCUCAGUAAGGACGAGACACAAAUCGUUGCUGUAGCUCUACUCGAAUGGAUGACAGACGAAUGGCAUUCCUGGAUUGUUUUGCCAUCAACAGUGCCUAAAGGAUUGUUUCAAGAGUUCAUUAAUCUGAAAAAGGAACUAAUGCAGCACACAAAGAUUGCCAUGGAAUUGGAUGACUUUGAUAGUCUGACAGUACACGAAGUCGCCUUUCCCGAUGAGUUAUAUACCGACAUCGACUUCCAGAUCUGUAUGUUCGAUGUCUUUGGCUCUGUGGCUCAGCACAUGCACAUGCCUCGUGUCUGUUACAUAGCCCUGACGACAAGGGAGCAGAAUGCCGCCGAUUUGGCGGAAUAUGCCGAGUACGGCAGAUCUAUAUACUCCAUCUAUAAAGUGGGCAAUAAACGGCCAUUCGAUGUACUCCGCGAUCUGGAUGAAAUGUAUGCUCUGCUCUUUUUGCUGCCUUUAGAUCCUAUAUUGUAUUAUCAAGAUAUGCCCGGCUUUGAAGGCUUCCACGAGGCGCUGAGGGCUAAGGAGCGCAAGGAGCGUGAGGAGGAGCUUAUGCGUAUGAAUGAAAUGUAAUAUUAUUGUGAAAAAUUAUAAAAAUAAAA